AUGUCUGUUCCAUUUGGUCACAAAUUUAAAGAAACUUAUUUUACUUACCUGGACAAGGCAGUAGUUCCAAUUAAUCACGGCUCGUAUGGUACUACACCAACUGCGGUUUUGGAUGAACAGAAAUAUAUUUGUGAACAACACGAACAUUAUCCAGAUAAAUAUGAAUACUUUGAAGCGGCUUCUAAAUAUAUCGAACAAGUUAAACUCUUGGGUGAUUAUUUGGGCUUGGACUAUCAUAAUUUAGCAUUGGUAUCCAAUGCAACAAGUGGUAUUAAUACCAUAUUAAGAUCUUUCCCAUUUGACUUUUCUAAGGAUAAAAUCCUAUUUCACUCAACUUCCUAUGGUGCCUGUGCCAACACGGUUAAAUUCCUACACGAUUAUUAUGGGCUACAAUACGAUGUAGUUGACUUGGUUUUUCCCAUGGAAGAUGAUAAUGAAAUCUUGUCCAAGUUUGAAAAAAAAUUAUCAUCAACUAGAUACAAGAUGUGUAUGUUUGACAUGAUAUCCUCAAUGCCAAGCGGUCAAUUGCCUUAUGAAGAACUAAUUAAAUUAUGUCAUAGAUAUGACACGUUAACUUUGAUCGAUGGUGCUCAUGCAGCUGGCCAAGUUGACUUAUCCUUCAUCAAUGAGUUAAAACCAGAUUUUUUGGUUAGCAAUUUGCAUAAAUGGUUGUUUGUUCCAAAGUCUUGUGCUUUCUUAUAUGUCGACCCAAAAUACCAUGAGAUUAUCCAAACACUACCAGUUUCUUGGAACUAUACCCAAAAGUACGAAAACAAAAGAGAUUUGUUACUAAAUAAAUUUGCUAAAACGGGCACCAUCUCAUAUAGUCCAUUUUUAACCAUCGGCAAAGCUAUUGAAUUCCGUAAAGAAGUUUGUGGUGGUGAAGAUAGAAUCAGAAAAUAUCAAAUGGAUUUACAGCAACAAGCUAUUCCGGUUAUUAUCAAAAUAUUUGGUCCAGGUGCUAAAUUACUGCAAAAUAAAAGAAGCAAUUUGAAUCCACCUGGGAUGUUUAAUAUUAAAUUGCCUGUUUUGAACUAUAACCAAAAAUAUGAAAUUCUUUUGAAAAAAAUGAUUUUAGAUGGUUCUUUUUUCGCAUCCUUUAAACAAUUAUGUGACCAUAAAAUGAUUUAUCAGCACAAAGUUUAUGCUCCAUUUUCUUUGCAUAAUGGUGAUUUAUGGGUUAGAUUUAGUGUCCAAAUAUUUAAUGAAAUAGAUGAUUAUGUUAUUGGUGCUAAAAUUGUUGCUCAAGUUACUAGUAAAGUUUUGGACUUGGAAUUAGCUAAGCUUUCGAUAAAUGAUUCUAAGUUAUGA